UGCUGCCUUAGACUGCAGACCAACAUUAGGAGAGGAUGGAGCAGCUACCAUCACAAGAAGCCACAGCCAAAGUCUCAUCUAUUUUUGUAUAUCCCGUGAAAUCAUGUCGCGGGAUUUCGGUUUCUGAAGCACCGAUCACUCCUUCUGGAUUUCGAUGGGAUCGACAAUGGUUAGUUAUAAAUGAAAAGGGGAGAGCAUAUACUCAAAGAGUUGAACCAACGCUUGCUUGUGUUGAGGUACAGCUACCAAACAAGGCAUUCCUAGAGGGUUGGGAACCUACUAGCAGCUCAUAUCUGGUACUAAAAGCACCUGGUAUGGAUCUACUGAAGAUUCCUAUGAGUCCACCACAACAAAUAGCAGAUGGUGUUUCAAUAUGGGAGUGGUCUGGUGCUGCCUUAGACGAGGGAGCUGAUGCGUCAAAAUGGUUUUCAGACUAUCUUGGGAAACCUAGUUGGCUUGUUCGCUUUAAUGCAGCUUCAGAAACUAGACCUGUGAAACCUUCCCAUUGGUCUCAUAAAACUGUGGAACCUGAAUAUGCUUGGGGGCAGCAAAUUAUGUUCUCCGACCUCUUUCCAUACAUGAUAGCAUCUCAGGCAUCACUGGAUACAUUAAAUGAGCAUUUGGAGGACCCUGUACCAAUAAACCGUUUCAGACCCAACAUUCUUGUUGAAAAUUGUGAACCAUUUGCAGAAGAUUUGUGGACAGAUGUCAGAAUAAACAACUUCACUUUUCAAUGCUGCAUGUUGUGCUACCGCUGUAAGAUACCUACGGUGAAUCAAGAGACUGGAAUUCAAGGAACUGAGCCAAAUGAAACUCUCAAGAAAUUUCGAUCAGAUGCGACUGUGUAUCCAUCUCGGAAACAGCGGGGAAGGGUCUACUUCGGGCAGUAUCUAGUUUGCAAAGACUCUCUCAUUGCCGGCAUGAAGGGAAAUGUCAUCAAGGUUGGAGAUCAUCUUCAUGUCCUCAACAUGGUUUCCGCUGCGGAUGAAGUUCCAGAAUAAUCUACUCAUCUUUGCUGUCACAUGAUUCUGUGAAUUGCUGUCUAGUAUUAUGAUGAAUAAGAGGAGGCCUUCUUGUUAAAAAAAAAAUUAGCCCUCCCAAUUAGAUAAGAAAUUAAGAAUUCCAGGUAUUUCAAACACACAAGAGGAAUGCAAAUGUUCAAGUGAUAGAUAUGUCUCUUUAUGAGAUAUGUUUGAAGUACUAGAAAUUUGCAAUGCUUGGAUGAUGGAUCUUCUUGAAGUUG